AUGUCUGUAUUUAAAGAAUCACAAGAGAAUGAUGAUGAAAGGAAAAGGAAAGAUAUUGAAGAAAGAAUACGAAAGAGAAUUGAAUAUGAGAAAAGAGCUUUUAAUAUUGUACAGGAGUUAAUAGAACCUGAUAUUUCAGUUCAAUAUUUGUUACAAGUUGGAAAUAUGAUAGGACCCAGUCAUUAUGUUGAUAUUGUAGAAGAGAGAUCUAUUACCAAAAUUUGUGGUUAUCCACUUUGUAAUAAAUCAGUGAAAACUGUAUUAAAACAGAAGUAUCAUAUUUCUACAAAAUCCAACAAAAUUUAUGACAUCUCAGAAAGAAAGAAGUUUUGUAGUAAUCAGUGUUUUAAAGCAUCGAAGUAUUUUGAGAACCAAAUAUCAUCAGCGCCAGUCUGGGCUAGAGAAUUGGAGCCUAAAGUUGAAUUUCAACUUUUAACUGGAUCAAGUGGAUCUAUUGGUGAUGAGAUCAUUGUGUCUUCAAAAGAACAGGAUGCUCUGAAAGAUGAGGUGGAAAGAUUAAAGAAGCUAGAUAGAGAGGGAAAGGAUACUGAUAAUAAAACCCAGGUUACAGAACAGACUGAUAGCUCAAUAUCUGAUGGGCAAGAGUGUUGUAAAGAGAAAGAUUUCUACCUAGAAGAGUUUAAAAGCCAAGAACUAGAAUCAAAUGUGGAGGAUGUUGAGAGUCGCUUCAGUCAACUUACUACAGAUACUAGUCAAGUCCCUUCAGAGAUUCCUAAGUCUCUAUAUGAGCAAAGUGAACUUAAAAAUCCCAUACAAACUGUACCUAAUCAGCCCACAGAAUCUAAAAGUGAAUACAUGUUAAGACUACUUAAUAAACGAAAGAAACAUUUAUCAAAAAUGUCUGUGGAUGUCCCUUUAAGUGUUGGUUCGAGUACACAAACUAAAAAUACAGCUGUAAAUGUUCUGCCAAAAACUCAUACUGAACCUCAGAGGAAAACCUCUCCAUUGAGACUUCUUAGUGAUAUUAUCAAACAGUGGGUUACUGAAAACACCAAAAUGUACCUGAAACAACAGUCAUUAAGCGUAGUUUGUGCAAGCAUGGAAGAACACUAUAAUUCACUUUGUCAAAGAUUGGAAGAAAAAGAAAGAGAGAAAGAAAAAUUAGAGGAAUUACUGUUUAAAAAAUUACAAAUUGAAGAUGGUAAAUCUAAGAUGAAGCCAUUACCAGGUUAUGAAGAUUUGAAAGAGGAAGUACGAAAAGAAGAAAUAAAAGUUAGAGAAUUUUUACGUGGUAAUUUCUGUACUGAUAAAGACUUACAGGAAAGUGAGAAGGACUAUAUAGAAGAUGAUAAAGCACCUGUAGUUAUGCCUACUGUAGACUCUCUUGACCAGAUGGUAAUUAGAAGAAGAAUUGUAUUAGAAAGAUUAAUGAAAGUACUACCUGAAGUUUUAUCACCUUUAAGAUUAUCAAUAUUAGAUGUUACAGAAGAACUCAGAGAAUUAGUUCAUACCUUCAGGUUUACCAGUUCUAAUAUUACUUUUAAACCUGCUCAGUGGACAAUGGUGGCAAUAAUUAUUUUGAAAUUAAUCUCCAAUAGAAAUAAGAAAGUAGAAGAAUCUUUCAUCAACCAAUCAGCUGUUAGAUAUCUUGAUAUUAUUCUGAAAGCUCUAGGAGAAGAUAUUGAUACAUUUCAAAUAGUAAUUGAUAAUAUUGUUCAAUAAAGUAUUAUGUCUUUCCUA